AUGCAGCGGACGCUGUUCGCCACCGCAGAGCCGGUGCUUGACGGCAGCAUCCUCAGCGAUGCACUACCCGGUGCAGGAGCGCAGGCCGUGCACCUGCUAACUGGCCAGGCCUCUCUGGAUGCCGUGCUUUCGUCAGGCCUCAAGUACAGCGGCGCGGUGGUUGCGUGCGGCAGCGGAAAGGCGUCUAUAUCGCCCUCAUUCCUGGGCGGCGUGGCUAAGCUGCUGCAGCCUGGCGCACGCGCAACUGUGCAGCUCGGCGGCGUCGCGCAGCAGGACGAGGCCAAGAGCGCACUGGUGCUCAGCGGUUUUAUCGACUGCCAGGCAGCGGGUGAUUCUGCGGUCACGGCCAGCGUGCCCUCAUGGGGCGUCGGCGCCAAGUCGGCCCUGAGGAAGCCCAACACAGCUGAAGCCGCCCCCGCGGCGGCCCCCUCCGCGCCGGCUGCUGCUGCUGCCCCUGCGCCUGCUUCGGGCGCGUGGAAGCUGGCCCUGGAUGAUGGGGAGGACGACGAGGAGCUAGUGGACGAGGAGGAGCUCCUGACAGAGGAGGACAAGCAGCGGCCGGCUCCCGCCAUUUCUGCUGACGACUGCGAGGUGGGCAAGGCGGGCCGCAAGGCCUGCAAGGACUGCACCUGCGGUCGCGCGGAGGCCGAGGCCGCGGGCAUCAAGGUGCAGCUGACGCAGGAGAUGCUCCAAAACCCCGGCGCGGGGUCGUGCGGCAACUGCUCGCUCGGCGACGCCUUCCGCUGCGCCGGCUGUCCCUACCGCGGCCUGCCCUCGUUCCAGCCCGGCAAGCCCCUGACGCUGCCGGCCGACUUCCUAGUGGCCGACGCGUGA